GAAAGGGAAAUGGCGACACCCAGUCCCAGAGAGCACAUAGAGGAUAUCAGAAGGAAGACGUUUAAGAUCGGGGGGGACGAACCCGACGUGACCAAUCUGUAUCUGCAUCACGCCAUCAACUAUCUCGCCGCUGAGCUCUACACCAAGGACGUCCACUUCCUCAUGGAGCUCAUCCAGAAUGCGGAGGACAACGAGUACUUGGAGGGGGUAAAACCGUCACUUGAAUUCGUGAUAACUACGCGGGACAUUACGGCGACCGGAGCUCCGGCGACCUUGCUGGUCUUCAACAACGAGAAGGGAUUUUCCGCUAAAAAUGUUGAGUCCAUUUGCGGCAUUGGAUGCUCUACUAAGAAAGGCCAGCGAAAACGAGGCUAUAUCGGCGAGAAAGGAAUUGGGUUCAAGAGUGUGUUUCUCAUCACAACACAGCCUUACAUGUUCAGCAAUGGUUAUCAGAUACGGUUUAAUGAAGAGCCUUGCCCACAUUGCAAAAUUGGGUACAUUGUCCCGGAAUGGGUUGAUGACAACCCAACACUUUCCACCAUAAAACAAAUAUAUGGCUCUGACCCUGACCUUCCAACCACAACAAUUGUCUUGCCUCUGAAGCCUGACAAGGUUAGCCCUGUAAAGCAGCAACUCUCGAAAAUCCAUCCUGAAGUUCUGUUGUUCCUUUCAAAAAUAAAGAGGCUUUCAGUCAAGGAAGACCACGAGGAUCCUAGUUACAAUACAGUAAGCGGGAUAUCCAUUUCAAGUGAGACUGAUUUUACUGCAAAGAAGAAUAUUGAUGCUGAGACAUAUGUGCUACAUCUUUCAGCUGAUAAAAAUGAUGACAACAUGGAGAAAGAAUGCAGCUAUUACAUGUGGAGGCAGAAGUUUCCAGUCAAGCAGGAGUAUAAAGUAGAAAAACGGAUGGAAGUGGAAGAGUAUAUGGUUACGAAUUUUCCUUUCAUAAUUCAAGCAGAUUUUCUACUAGCAUCUUCGAGGGAAACAAUCCUUUUGGAUAAUAAAUGGAACCAAGGUAUUCUCAAAUAUGUGCCCAAUGCUUUUAUCAAUGCAUUCAUUUCCCUGGUGAAAACCGUGGAAGGAGCCCCUGUAUCUACUCUGGCUCAUAUGUUCGAGUUCCUACCCAUCAACAUCCCUCCUUACCCUGCGCUGAAUGCUGUGAGGAACAGUAUUAAAGCCAAACUGGUUAAUGAAGACAUAGUUCCCUGCGAGUCUUACAUGGAGCAGAAGUUAUUUCGGAAGCCUACUGAAGUGGGUGUGUUAAUGCCUGCUUUCUGGAAUAUACUGAACAAGGCAAGGAAGGACGGGGUGAGCUUGUAUAAUAUCUCAUCGCAUGGGAGAUAUUUGCUAAGUUCUUCAUUUGACAGAGAGAAGUAUGAUCAAGUGUUGAACUUCUUGGGAGUGAAACCAGUGGAGGAUGAAUGGUAUGUUAAGUGCAUCCGCAGUUCUAAUCUCAUACUAGGAGUCUCAGAGGAGGUGUAUUUAGAGCUACUAGUAUUUGUAGCCAAGAACUGGAGGUCAAAUUUUCAGAAUACUAACAUCAAGGACACUCCGCUUCUGAAGUAUGUGAGUUAUAAUGGAGAUGUCUCUUUGUUUAGUAUAAAUGUCUCACUGGGGUAUGCAGGGAAGGUACUUACUUGCGAGCCUCAUCAUGUGCCAUGGUUGAUCGAUUGGAACAGAGAAUUUGGAAGUUCAUCAGGCCCAUUUUUUAUUCCUAAAUCUACACAAGAAGCCAUACAACAGCAACAAUGGUCUGAGAAGCAGAUAUUGUUGGGGUGGCUUUCAAAUGAGGUGAAGGUUCGGACUGUAAGUGUGUACAACUAUGCAGCCCUUCUUGUUGAUUUGCUCAAGGGUGAUAGGAAGCGCGCUGUUACUUUUGUUCAUUUCUUAUAUCACUCGCUUUCAAGGAACUACCUGUCUGAGACAGAUGUUGGGCUAUUGUGUUGCAAUAUGCCACUUGUGGAUAACUAUGGGCAGGUAACCACACGAAGGAAUCGAGUUCUUGUUCCUUCUAAUGGAAGAAAAUGGGUUCAUCUGAUCGGAUCUGAUCCGUGGAGAAGCACACGAAGGAAUCUAGUUCUUGUUCCUGCUAAUGGAAGCAAAUGGGUUCGUCUGAUCGGAUCUAAUCCGUGGAGAGCUGAAGGCUUUCUUGAGCUAGCGGAAGACUAUCGGCGACCUGUCACACAUGCAGGCGCUAUCACCCCUGAGGAACAACUUAUUCCUUUUCUCAGAAGUCAUGUUGGGGCUUCUGAUAUCCCUGAUUUGUCUCCACCCAAUGUAGUAAUUCCUACAAUGUCUGCUCCUCUAACCAAAGAUAAUACGUUCUUGCUGUUGGGUUGGAUUCGGAAGUUGAUGCAGAAAGGGGUUAUCAUGCCAAAAAUGUUCUUGAAAGGCAUAAAGGAGGGAAGCUGGAUGAGGGUUUCCUUGGGCAGCAGUCCAGGCUACCGGCCUCCAUCUCAGUCAUUCCUACCAAACUCAUCGUGGGGCCAUCUUCUGCAGAAUGAAAAUGUGCUAGUUGAUAUCCCAAUAAUUGAUCAGAGUUUCUAUGGUUCUGAAAUAAGCAAAUAUAAAGUGGAGCUUGGAGAAAUAGGAGUGAUGUUUGAUUAUGGAGAGGCUUUCCAAUUUAUCGGGAAGCAUCUCAUGUCUUCGGCAGCCUCCUCCUCUCUAACGAGAGGGAAUGUUUUUUCGAUAUUGAAGUUCAUAAAGUUUCUGAGGGAGGGAAUUCUGCCUGCUCAGAACUUCAUCCAAAGUAUCCGGGAAGGGAAAUGGAUACGAACUUCACUUGGCGACAGAUCCCCAGUUGGAUCUGUUUUGUUUAAUCAGGAAUGGGAAACUGCAUCGCAGAUGAGUGCCAUCCCAUUUAUUGAUAAAGAUUACUAUGGGGAGGAAAUACUUCAGUUUAAAACAGAACUUCAGUUGUUGGGCGUGGUAGUUGGAUGGAGUGAGAAUUUCCAGCUUGUUGCUGAAUAUCUGAAACCUGCAAAGGGCAUCAAUGUUCGAACGGUUGAGUCUGGUCUUUUCAUUUUGAACUGCAUGCGACAUUUAGGAUCACCUGAUAAAUUAAUUCAAGUCUUUAAGGAUAAUAAAUUUUUGAAGACAAGCAUGGGCUACAUGGCUCCAGUUGAGUCUCAUCUUAUCAGUCCUGAAUGGGGCUGUCUCCUUCAGAUUUUCAACAGCUUUGCUCUAAUCGAUGAAAAUUUUUAUGGGAGCAGCAUCUUCUCAUAUAAAAAUGAGUUAAAGAAACUGGGGGUUGUAGUUGAUUUUGAGCAGGCAAAAAAGGUGUUUGCUCGUGAGUUCAGGCAGCAAGGAGAGCUCGCCACUAUUGGAAAGGAACAUGCUUUCUCUUUGCUUGCCUGUUACAGAAAGUUCAGGGGUACAUCUGUUGAAUUCCGUGAUGAUUUGAUGAGAUGUAUCCUUGAGGUUAAAUGGUUGCGAACUCGCUUGGGUGAUUUCAGAGUCCCGGGAGAGUGCAUUUUGUUUGGGCCUGAUUGGGAAUCUAUAUCUUGCAUAUCUCUUCUUCCUUUCAUUGAUGACGCUGACAAUUGGUAUGGCAAGGGCAUCUAUGAAUACGAGACGGAGUUGGAAAGUAUGGGAGUUAAAGUUUCCUUCAAGGAUGGAUGCGGGUUUGUGGCUACCGGCCUUAAGUUACCAUUUGAUCCCAGCUGCAUAACUCCUUCAAAUGCUUACUCAUUACUUGAAUGUAUUCGCAUUUUACGGACACAGAACAAUGGCCCUUUACCUGAUUCUUUUCUGGCGAAAGUGUCUAAAAAAUGGUUGAAAACCUCUUUUGAUUAUAGGCCACCUGAUAAGUGUUUGCUUUAUAAUUCUGAUUGGAAGUCAUUGCAACGGGAGGAUGGACCUUUCAUUGAUGAAGAAUUUUAUGGCUCCAAUAUUACAUCCUAUGCCAAAGAGCUCAACGCAAUUGGAGUAACUAUUGAUGUAAGAAAUGGGGGACCAUUGCUUGCCAGUCACCUGCAUUUCUUUUGCAAGUUCAGUACCAUUGCUCCAAUAUAUAGUUACUUGCAAGACUGCAACUGGAACCCUGAAACUGGAUAUGAAAGGAAAAUUUGGAUCCCUAGUGGAAGUGAUGAUGGUGAAUGGGCAGCUCCCCAAGAUUGCGUCCUGCGGGACAAGGAUGGGCUGUUUGAUAAACAAUUGAAUGUGUUGGAGAAGCAUUAUGGAAAGGAGUUACUUCCUUUUUUCUCAAGUGCUUUUGGAGUUAAAUCCUGUCCUUCACUUGUUGACUAUUGUGAGCUCUGGAAGGAAUGGGAGUUGUGUGGACGGCCCUUAACACUUGAAAGGUGUUGUGCGUUCUGGAAAUUUGUUGUAAGCCGCUGCAGUUCGGAGACACUGAAAACGCUUGGUGAACAUUUGAUGAAACUGCCUGCGUAUUCAGCAUCAGAUGAAAUUUUGUUGAUUGACAGGCAUGAUGUUUUUAUUGCUGAUGACCUUCCUCUGAAGGAUCUUUUGGUGCAGUCGUCUUCCCCGCCUCUAUUUGCUUGGUAUCCCCAGUCGAGCAUUGCAUCUUUGCCUCGGUUUAAGCUGCUUGAAGUUUACAGCAAAAUUGGAGUCCGAAACCUAUCUGAAUCUGUCCAGAAAGAAGAAAUGUCCAUAACUGAUGGUGCUGGACUUCAGCGAGUUAGCCCCAGGGAAAUUUUAAUUGGAAAAGGGCUGCUUAUGCUGAUCCUAAGUUUUCUAGCUGGACCAGCUCUCAAAAUGGAAGCAGAAAACAGGCAUGAACUUGUGCGAUGUCUACUUAAUCUGACUGUCUUUGAGACAGCGGAGCCAGUCAAAAUUUGUUACAGUUUAUCGCUCUCGUCAGGAGAAAAGUUGAAAGCUGAGGCGACACGAAUGAUUCGUUGGGAGAGGGAGAAUAAAGAGCUUUUUGCACAAAAGAUGAACAGGUCGGGUGGGCAUAGAUGUAUCAUUGAAUAUGCUACAUCUUUUUCUGAGGUGAUAUCUGCUGGAUUACUAUGGGAGAAUGAAGAUCAAAUGCACCAACUGGCAGAGCUGAUCAAAUUUGGCUUCCUCUUGGAAUUUGAGGAGCAAGCGAUUGGGUUUCUCAUGAAAACCAAGAAUCUUCAGCUAUUCGCAGAGGAUGAAAGGUUCCUAUCCUCUGCUUUCCCUUCCGAUUAGUCAUAUCAAUCUUAGGUGCUGUUCUUUUGAAUGCCUCAAGUUCAUCUUUAUUUGGCCUAUCUUUUUGUAUCUGUCUCUUGUUUUUGUGCUUUUUAAUUGAAGAACACAUGAUCUAGUGGUGUUUUAAUUAGCGGGUGGGACUGGUUGAAGUUUCCAAGUGUUUUAAUUAGCGGGUGGGACUGGUUGGCUACUUAUCUAAAGUAUGUAAUGAAUUAUAAUACAUUACUAUAGCUUUAUUGUUAUUGCUGUCUUGAUGUAGUUGCUGUAUAACAUUUCAUUCUUGUGUCUUAUGAGGACAUUAUCAAUGUCAAUGA